UUAAAUAAGAGAAGAGAAUAGCACUGAAUAAGACAAAACAGGAGAAACGAACAAUGCGCGCGGCGAUUCCAGCCUCCUCAGAAGCUUUUCUAUUUCCUCAACCAUUACCCACUUCCAUUUCCAUAACCCAUUCCUCCCUUUUAUUCUCUCCCCCUUUUCAUUUCAACACCACCCUUUCCACCACUGCACCUCCCAAACCAUGCUCCUUGAACUUCCACUCCAACUCUACUCCUUUCAUGUAUCGCGCUUCCAAACCCAACCCAACCACUUUAAACCCCGAUGAUGCCGAUGAUUCUGGCAAUUUGUUGGUGACAGAGGCUGAGGAUAUUGAAGAGUUACAAUCAUUGGCUGAAGAUGGUGUGUACAUAGAGGUCACGAAGCUGGAGAAGAAUUCACGCAGAAUCGAGUCUAGGAUUUCCAUUGACGCUCGGCUUGAUACCAUUUGGACCAUCUUGACUGAUUAUGAGAAGUUGGCUGAUUUCAUUCCUGGUCUUGCUCUCAGCAAAUUGAUCCAAAAGGGUCACAAUUUCGCUCGCCUUUUGCAGAUUGGAGAGCAGAACUUGGCAUUUGGGUUAAAAUUUGAUGCUAAAGGAGUUAUAGAUUGUUAUGAGAAAGAUUUGGAGACUCUUCCAUCUGGCAUGAAGCGUGAUAUAGACUUCAAGAUGAUUGAAGGGGACUUUCAGCUCUUUGAAGGAAAAUGGUCUAUUUUGCAGCUGUUCAGCAGUGGAAAUCCUGAGGAGUCUCCGAUUCAAGAAGUUAACACGACACUUUCAUAUGUUGUUGAUGUUAAGCCGAAGAUGUGGUUGCCCGUUCGGCUCAUUGAGGGUAGACUUUGCAGAGAGAUAAAAACGAAUCUUAUAUCCAUAAGGGGAGAAGCUCAGAAAAAUACUGACAGAACCGUGAAUGCAAAUAAAUUCGAAUGAGUUAUGUAAAUAUCAUAUCAUAGAAAAAAUAAACACAAGUAUGUAAAGUUCAUUUGGCAUCAAUUAUCAAUUCUUAAUUGGUAAACUUCAAGCUUUACCAUAUUCUGGCUCUAAAAUAUCGUCAAGUUCUGAACUGGACCACACUGAUAUUUUACUUUGAACAAAUACCCCUUUUGACUCA